AUGUCCUCCCGACACGACGAUCCCUCUCUUCACGACCACGCCGGCACUCUUCGUCCCGCCGUCACGCCUCUCCAGCAUCGAAGGGACACCCACUCUGAUGCCAGUGCGACCGCCACUCCUACCCCCACCGCUCGUGGCUACGCCCACCUGACGUGGACGGGAACCGGGUCUGGAACGACAGGCAUGGUCCCCUUUGCAGGUCGACUGGGCGGCAACCAAACGUUCAUUGUCGACCGGUCGGACCCGGCGAAUGCAGAGCUUCUGAGGAAGGUACCUGAUGCCGCGCCCAACUUGAACCUGCGCGAGAUGUUUGAGUUGGGUGGAUUCAGAGAGGGAGGACUGUGGAAGGCGGCGAUAGUAGAGUGUAUUGGAACUAUGAUCUUGGUGUUCGGAUCAACGUACAAUUCCCUCUCACCCUACACGCCACCACCGACACCGACAACCACAUCGGGCGUCUUUGGCACCGUCGUGUUCCUUGCACCGCUCGUAGCGGCGUGUAUCAACGCCAUCCUCAUCGCCAUCCUGAUCUACUGCUUCGGCGCCAUCUCCGGAGCCCACUUGAACCCGCUCAUCACGUUCGCCACCUUCUUCGCCCGUCUCGCCACCUUCCCGCGUCUCGUCCUGUACGUUGCCGCGCAGACACUGGGCGGCACGCUCGCGGGUCUGUUGCUGCGCGCCGCGGCGGGGACCCGGUCGUUCAAAGUAGGCGGGUGUUUUCUGUUCACGACGGAUGAGCCGACGACGCAGGUGUCGUCACAGUUCGUCAUCGAGUUCAUGGGUUGUCUGCUGCUGGUCUUCAUGGCAUUCGGCGUCGGUCUGGAUCCGAGACAGAAGGAAAUCUUUGGGCCCGCGCUGGCUCCGAUCCUGGUCGGACUCUCUGCCGGAGCGUGUGCGCUGUGUUUUGCCUUCUCUGGCCCCGGCAGCGGUGGCGCCGCUUUGAACCCGGCGAGGUGCUUUGGUGUGUUUGUUGGCAGUCGUUUCCCUGGCUGGCAUUGGAUCAAUUGGGUGGGACCUCUGGCUGCAAGUAUUCUGCACGGUGUGGUGUAUUGGGUUGUGCCGCCGGGGAGUGGCAGUGUAGACCAGAACCGCGCAGCCAAGAUGGUAGCAGACAGGGAUGAGAAGAGAGUCGAAGGCGACCAUGUGUAG